UGUUUUUGUUUUGCGAAAGCUACUUCAGACUGAAUGCCAACACAUGAUGUCACUCUGGCAGAAAUCAUCAUUUAAAAGAAAGGGAGAAAGUAGCUGCAGCCACUUAGCAACUCCGUGGAGAGAGGGUGCGAGCUGGAACAGACAGAGCCCAGAAGCAGCCUUACAUAUCAUAGGAGGCAGCAAGUGGAGGGGAGGCAGGAACUGGGCGAGAGCUGUUUUCUGGACUUAGCAGCUAAGAGCUGGAACAAGCUGAAUAAGAUCACUUUAACUGAAAGCCUAAAACUGAAAAUGAUUCCAGCCAUUUCUUUAUUUAUUAUAAUUUUACACCUUUUGAGCCAGUACAGCUCCUGUCAGCAAUUGGUUACUGGAGCUCUCAUUUCUGGAUUCGUCACUCUCUUACUCCCGAUUUUCUUGUUUCCUGUUUGUAUCACCCCUGGGGAGAAUUUGGAGCUGUCUUUGGAGUUCCAUUCACUGUCAAACAUGUAGAAAAGUUGGGCGAAGAAUGCUUGCUCAAAUGAGGGAAACAAACCAGGAAUUGGCAGAAAUCAAACUUCUCCUGAAACAACAGAUAAAGGAGGUCAUUUUUCUGAAGAAUACAUUGGCAGAAUGUAAUUUCUGUGGUCUCCAAAAUGAAUGGCAGCAUGAGACAAUCACUGUUUAUCCAUUUGAGAGCUGUGAUCCCAAUCCAUGCUUCCCUGGGGUUCAGUGCUCAGUGACACUCAAUGGAUUCCACUGUGGGCCCUGUCCCAACGGCUUUACAGGGAAUGGGACACACUGUACUGAUGUGGAUGAGUGCCGGAUGCGUCCGUGCCACCCCAGGGUCCGAUGCAUUAAUAUGUCUCCUGGCUUUCAAUGUGACCCCUGCCCAGUUGGUUACACUGGCCCACAAAUCCAGGGAGUUGGAGAGACGUUUGCCACAACACACAGGCAGAUUUGCAACGACAUCAAUGAGUGUGAGGAUGGUGCCAAUGGCAGCUGUGACCCGAACUCGGAGUGCAUCAACACUCUGGGAUCAUUUCGGUGUGGCCCCUGUAAGGCCGGCUAUGUCCGAGAUCAGAACCGGGGCUGUCGUUUGGAGAGGAGCUGCAGCAAUGGAGCAAGAAACCCCUGCCACGAGAGAGCAGACUGUAUUGUCAGCCGCCAUAACAAGAUCACUUGUGUUUGUGCAAUCGGAUGGGCUGGAAAUGGCUACAGAUGUGCAAAGGACACAGAUAUUGAUGGGUUUCCAGAUGUGACACUUGAUUGUCCUGAAAGACACUGCCACAAGGAUAACUGUGUGACAGUGCCAAACUCUGGGCAGGAAGAUGCUGAUGGAGAUGGUGCUGGAGAUGCCUGUGAUGAUGAUGCAGAUGGAGAUGGAGUUCCAAACCUUGAGGACAAUUGUGUUCUGGUCCCAAAUGUCGACCAGAGAAACACAGAUCAGGAUAAUUUUGGAGAUAUGUGUGAUAAUUGCAGACUCAUCAUUAAUAACAAUCAGCAGGACAUUGAUGGUGAUGGUAAAGGAGACGCAUGUGAUCAGGACAUGGAUGGAGAUGGAAUAAGGAAUGGUUUAGAUAACUGUGAGCGAGUUCCAAACCAGGAUCAGCUGGACCGUGACAGUGAUGGGGUUGGAGAUGCCUGUGACAGCUGCCCAAACAUCAGAAACCCAGAUCAGUUGGAUGAUGACAACGACCUUGUAGGUGAUUCGUGUGAUACCAACACAGACAGCGAUGGUGAUGGGCACCAGGACAGCAAAGAUAAUUGCCCGACGGUCAUUAAUAGUGCCCAGCUAGACACAGACAGGGAUGGACUGGGUGAUGAAUGUGAUGAUGAUGAUGAUAAUGAUGGAAUUCCUGAUUAUGUCACUCCUGGACCAGACAAUUGCCGACUUGUCGCUAAUCCAAUGCAGGAAGAUUAUGAUGGUGAUGGGAUGGGAGACGUGUGCGAAGGAGAUUUUGAUGACGAUAAGGUCAUCGACGUUAUCGAUGUUUGUCCCGAAAAUGCUGAGAUUGCACUCACUGAUUUCCGAGCCUAUCAGACGGUGAUCCUGGAUCCUGAGGGAGAUGCGCAGAUUGACCCAAACUGGGUUGUCUUAAACCAGGGGAUGGAGAUUGUGCAGACAAUGAACAGUGAUCCAGGUCUCGCAGUCGGUUACACAGCCUUUAAUGGGGUAGAUUUUGAAGGAACAUUUCAUGUAAACACAAUGACCGAUGAUGACUACGCUGGAUUUAUCUUUGGCUAUCAGGACAGCUCCAGUUUCUAUGUGGUAAUGUGGAAACAGACAGAACAAACCUAUUGGCAAGCUAAUCCUUUCCGCGCUGUGGCAGACCCUGGGAUCCAGCUCAAGGCAGUGAAAUCUCAGACUGGCCCAGGGGAACACUUGCGGAAUGCUCUCUGGCACACAGGAGACACCAGCAAUCAAGUCAAGCUUUUGUGGAAAGAUCCCAGGAACAUUGGGUGGAAAGACAAGACUUCAUAUCGCUGGUUCCUGCAACAUAGGCCCCAGGUCGGGUACAUCAGAGUCCGACUGUAUGAAGGACCAAAGAUUGUGGCAGAUUCAGGGGCAAUUGUUGACACUACGAUGCGUGGAGGGAGACUUGGAGUCUUCUGCUUCUCACAGGAAAACAUCAUCUGGGCAAAUCUACGAUACCGAUGUAAUGACACAAUUCCAGAAGAUUUCCACCCAACACAACUUCAGAACCAGAUUUGAAGAAUGGAGCAUGAUCCCAGAAAAACCUUUUAGAAUUUACCAACUCUGGCAGUGACAACAUCUCAAACCUUUAAUCAAUAAUACUAGAACUUUUCCCACAGAUUUAGAUGAAGGUAACAACUCUAACACCUGCACCCUUAUUGGAUGAUGGGCAAGAGCAGGUCUUAAGGAAAUCCUUCAUGAUCAACUGAAUAAAUUCUUGUCACUCAGAAGAUGGCCAAUCAAUCAAUCAAACGUUUGAGUGAUUUCAAUUUAUUUUUCUCAUUUGAUCUUUGGGAUUUAGGAAAUGGACACAUUUUGUAAAUUUUAGAUCAGAACAAUCUGGUACAAAGGCAGAUCGAGAAUGAGCAAAGCUGAGAUUUUUACAUUUGGUCAGUGUUGAAUAAGCGAGCUAGAAUCAUUAAAAUGUACCCGUCGUUUGUGCUGACUUAUAGCCAUCACACUUAGUCCCCGAGUUAUUUCUUUACUUAAGAUUACCUCCUUCUAGACCCCAACAACUUGGUGAAACACUUCCCCUCAUGUCCCAAUAGAUUUAUUUUCCAAUUAUUUUUGCCCUUUGAUCUCUAGAUUAUUUUCCUCUCUUAACACUUCCAAAACUUUUCACCAACAUGAAAAUUUGACAGGUGAUCUCUAACCCUUCUCUACUGAGGAGACCAGUCUUAAUAUCUCACAGUCUCACAACUUAGGUCUCUCUUUAUUGGUAAUUAUUAGUGAAUGUUUUCUAUAUGUUUCUGAAUAAUUUAGUGUUUUUCCUUGCGUAUGGCACCCAGAUUAAAGGUCAUUAGGAUACUGCCAAGCCCUUCAGUUAUUCACUAGAUCAUUUUAACCAAAUUCCAAUCCUGCCCAUUUAUUACAUUUGCAGAGGAUUGGAAGAAUAUGGUGCCAAGA